AUGUUUGUUUUACUGGUGUUGGUUGUUGUAGUUGUGAACAUUGUGGAUCCAUCGAUGGUGGUUCAUGAAAUCGAUGUCGAUUUCGAAUUAGUGCUGCAAAAGGGAAAACCGUUACCUAGGUUUUGGACCAGCACUGGGCUGUGUCCUCCAGCGCCGCGGGAGAAAAGUGCUGAAUUUUUGCUGUCGGACGAUAGCUUACUGAAUCUGGAAAUAAUAGGAUCAUUGCCAAACGAAGGAUUGAAAUAUGUGAGGAUUCAUUGGUUGCUGGAAAUGAUGAGCUUUUCUCACUAUGAUGAAAGGAAAACGCUCUUCUAUGAAUUUUCUCGUCUGGAUGCACUCCUGGACAAACUGCAGGAGUUUGGUCUCCAUCCGGGAUUUGAAUUUAUGGGAAUUCCGGCUGGAAUUUAUGAGAAAGAACGAAGGCACCGUUUCGUAUACUUCUGGACGGAUUUGGCGAUGCAAGUUGCCUCACACUAUUUGCGUAGAUAUGGAAUAAAGUAUGUUUCUAACUGGAGAUUUGAAACGUGGAAUGAACCGGAUCUAAGAGGCUACAAUGUACUAAAUUUCACCGUCAAUGAAUAUAUCAACUAUGUUCAAUCGAUUCGAUUUGGUCUGGAUGCUGCUGGUCGACUUCUGAAUAACAUUCACCUGCCUCUGCAUGGUAACAUUCACCUGCCUCUGCAUGGUCCGGCCGGGUUGUUUAAAUCGACGGAGCAUCAUCCGUUUUGUUGGAGCGCAUUGAAGCUGUGCAACGAUUCACCGAAAAAGUGUCCCUUUGAGGUUAUUACGUUUCAUCGCAAAGGAAGCGGAUUGAGAGCCGACGAAAUUGUCCAAGGUGGCGUCCGGUUAGUUGAGCAGUUGCAGGAAACGUUCCCCAACAUAAGUGAAUUCCGAUUUUCGAAUAACGAAGCCGAUCCCAUUGCAGGCUGGUCAACUCCACGAGAAUUUCAGUCUAAUCUGAAGUAUGGUUCCAUGCUGGUGUCUACUGUACUUCAACAUUGGUCUGUACUGUUCACCGGUCGAUUGCGCAACUUGGAAUCCAUCUCCCACGAUAAUGGUUUUCUCAGUUACUAUCCCUUCGAGUUCGAUCAGCGAACCCUGCUGGCACGCUUUCAAAUGAAUCUAACUCAACCGAGACACGUUCAGUUUGUUGUUAAGCCGGUAUUUUCUGCCCUCGGAAUGCUCGCAAAUCUAGGGCCAAUGGCAACUGACCGUUUACAUGCUACUGGGAACAUAAGCUAUAUUGUGUCUUACCAACAAAAUCCUUUCUACUUGUGCAUUCUACUAGUAUCAUCCAACGACACCUUCGAACCUGUUGAGAAACGGCAGAAGUUAUCAGUGAAUAUCGUAACGACAAAAGAAUUUGUGGGACAACCUGUUGCAUACAUUGUAGAGGGACUUCAGAGUGGCUUGAACGAUCCGAACUCCGUAUGGCAGUACUAUGGAAAACCACCCUACCCAACAGGGGCACAAUUUGAAGAAAUGAGGUCCGUUCAGUUUCCUUCCGUUCUGGAAGGUCCCACAGUUCUUCCGAUCGGCAGGAAAAGGUUAAAGCUAAACUUCAACCUACGAGCACCAUGGCUGGCAACCGUGCGAAUGUGCAGCCUUCAGUCUUCGAAACCAUCUGUAGUUCAAAAUGUCCGAGUUCGAAGGAUUCACGCGAACGAAGUUUUAAUUUUUUGGCACGAAAAUUCAGCUGGUGUCAGAUGCACCGUCGGCUAUGAGGUAUGGUUUAACGGCUCUAAUCGGUCGGUCGAUUGGACGCAAAUUAAUUCCGAAUGGCAUACACCGUUUAUGUUCUAUCAAUUUGCGCCUAACGUUCACGUUGUUGGUGGUGUGACAGGUCUGUACCGGGUGCGUUCCGUUGAUUUGUUUGGUCGCGUUGGCGCUUUUUCCAAAGCUCAUUAUUAUGAUGGCUGAUUUUUAAUUAUUUCGAACAUUUAAUUAUCCGCGUUUGGUGGUUCUGCAGUAGGUGGAUACGAAAAAAACGCACCAGUGAAUGAGAAUGCUAAUUUAAUUAGGUGAGACAGGAGGAAGUGCGAAAGCGAAAGCAGUGGAGAGAGGACCGGUGAAUGGAUGUCACCGGAAUGUUGGUAACGUAUUCAGUUUGUCCAACCUGGGUAGGUAUAUAUUAAAGCAAAAAUUGUGUUGUGUUGUGUGGGGAUAUUAUCGGAUUUUGUGGCGACUGCAGAAUCGAACGCAAAUUAUACAGACUCUAUCGUGAUACCAAACCAGAUAACUGUUUUGUUCGUUAACAGAGUUUCAAUCGCUCAAAUUGGAAGUAGGUGUGGUUUAGAUUGAUUGUGAUAAUUUUACCACUAUUAUUCGUUUUGUGAACGUACAUAUGUUGAUUUGAACUCAAUAAAAGUCUGUCAGUAAUU